GGCGACGGCAGCUGGGCUGAGGUGCGAGGAGGAGCGCGCGACGGCCGACUCGAAGAGCGGAUGUAAGUCAGAGUACAGCAGAAAAUGUCCACUGAACGGACUUCUUGGACAAAUUUGUCCACUAUUCAGAAAAUAGCACUGGGCCUCGGGAUCCCAGCAGGUGCAACAGUUGCCUAUAUCCUAUACCGCAGAUACAGGGAAAGCAGAGAAGAACGUCUGACAUUUGUUGGGGAGGAUGACAUCGAGAUAGAAAUGCGAGUGCCCCAGGAGGCUGUAAAGCUCAUCAUUGGCCGUCAAGGAGCCAAUAUUAAACAGCUGCGGAAACAGACAGGUGCUCGGAUUGAUGUGGACACGGAGGAUGUAGGCGAUGAGCGGGUGCUGCUUAUCAGUGGUUUUCCUGUUCAGGUGUGCAAAGCCAAAGCAGCAAUCCAUCAGAUCCUGACAGAGAAUGCUCCAGUGUCUGAGCAGCUCUCAGUUCCCCAGAGAUCUGUGGGCAGAAUCAUAGGGAGAGGUGGCGAGACGAUUCGCUCUAUCUGCAAGGCCUCUGGAGCCAAAAUUACCUGUGACAAAGAAUCAGAGGGGACAUUACUACUAUCAAGACUUAUUAAAAUCUCAGGAACACAGAAGGAAGUGGCAGCAGCCAAGCAUUUGAUACUAGAGAAAGUUUCAGAAGAUGAAGAACUUCGGAAGAGAAUUACUCAUUCUGCAGAAACCAGAGUCCCACGCAAGCAGCCAAUCAGUGUAAGAAGAGAGGAAGUGAGAGAGUCAGGUGCAGCUGGAGAGCCAGCUCUAUGGAAAAACUCUGGUAUUAGCAAGGAGCAGGCUUCACCACUGGCAGUUCCUCCCUGCAAAGGAGGUGGUGACAUGGUUGCCAUGGGGCCAGAAGAAAGUUCCUGGGAGAAACCUAAUGGUGACAGCUUUCAGAAGUCUGGAGCCCAGAGCAGUCCAGAGAUGUCCAUGUUUGAAAUCCCCAGUCCUGACUUCAGUUUCCAUGCUGAUGAGUUCCUGGAAGUCUACGUCUCUGCUUCUGAACAUCCUAACCACUUCUGGAUUCAAAUCAUUGGCUCUCGAAGCCUGCAAUUGGAUAAGCUUGUCAAUGAGAUGACCCAGCACUAUGAGAAUAGUCUGCCUGAAGACUUGACUGUGCAUGUAGGAGACAUUGUAGCAGCACCUUUAUCUACAAAUGGUUCCUGGUAUCGAGCCCAGGUCCUUGGCACUUUGGAGAAUGGGAACCUAGACCUCUACUUUGUUGACUUUGGAGAUAAUGGAGAUUGCCCACUGAGGGACCUCAGGGCACUCAGGAGUGACUUCCUAAGUCUUCCAUUUCAAGCAAUAGAGUGUAGUCUGGCACGGAUCGCCCCCUCAGGUGAACAAUGGGAAGAGGAAGCUUUGGAUGAGUUCGACAGGCUUACUCACUGUGCUGACUGGAAGCCUCUGGUGGCCAAGAUCUCUAGCUAUGUCCAGACUGGUACCUCAACUUGGCCCAAGAUCUACUUAUAUGAUACUAGCAAUGGGAAGAAACUUGAUAUUGGAUUAGAAUUAGUUCGUCAAGGUUAUGCAGUUGAGCUUCCUGAAGAAAUGGAAGAAAACAGAACUGUCCCAGACGUGUUACAUGAUGCGGACACAGAAACAGAUGUUUCUCUCAGCAGCAUGCUCAAUGAAACCAAAAAGAGCUCUGGAGAGAUAGCAAAUACCCUCUCCUGCCUCAGCUUAUCAGAAGCUGCCUCUAUGUCUGGUGAUGAUAACCUUGAAGAUGACUACUUAAUUUGAAGCCUGCUUCAGCUGCCUCAGCCGUCUGUUUUGCUGUGAUUUGGUGCCUGGAGAGAGGAGCCUAUGAUAAAGAGAUCUAUGCAGUUCUUCCUUUAUUACACAAUAUGGUUUGCUGUGGACCAAAUGCAUUUUCUCCUUCCAUGGGAUGACCAGAAAGAGUAUGGGGUAGAGGGAGAUACUCCACCCCACACCAACCUUCCUUCCAGUGUUUGAAUACUGCUGCAUUUUGUCCAGGCUGCUCAACAUCUGGCUUGUUCCCCUCAGUCCGAAUGCACACUUCUGCUAGGCUGUGUCCUUUUUGAGGCUGGGAAGCAGCCAAGGUUUGGUCGUUAGAAGUGAUGAUUCUGCACACUUCUGACUCACCUUCUCAGGUGACUCUGGUGAAGGGGAGUUUUUGAGUGAUGAAAGACUGCAGUUGAGUCAGAAGGCAAAGGCAAAAAUCAGCAUAUUUGUAUUAAAAACCCUCAGGAAGUGGGAGAGAGAAUGCUGCCUUUUAUCCUCAAUUGCUGAUGCUAUUGGAGACAAGUCUUUUGAAAACAGUGUUCCAUUUAUUUUUCUGUACACUUUGGUUAAAAUAUAAGCAAGGGGAGAGGCAGCUCAGGAAAUAUUCUAAAUUGCUAGUAUAGCAUCUAUAAAAUAUAUAUAUAUACACACACAUAUAUACACAUACCCCCAAAGAGAGAGAAUGUAUAUAGUUGUUUAAAGUGUUUGGGAGAUUCUUUGCUGAAUAAAGUUCUCAAAAAAUUAUCUAAAACUAAAUACUGGUUGAAUCACAAGGUGGAAGCAGGCCUAUGGGUAUCUUAGGGACCUUUUGUGAAAAUUGUGAAGACCUCACACAGAAGGGCCUGUCUGUGAACAAAUGCUCCUCCCUUGUAUUCUUUCCCUAAAGUUUCCAGGAACAACUUAGGUUUGGGCUGUGUGAAUAAGACCCCACCUACAGUUUGGAAGAAAAGGCCUGGAUUAGGAUUAUAGAAACCAGGGUCUACAAAUAGAUCUCUGGAUUUUAGGCAGCCUGUUUCUCUACAGCCUUUCCACUUCUGAUGCUAUGGUGAGGAUCUAGUGAAAACUGUAAAGGUAAUUGAAAGUAAAUAUAAAUGUA